AUGGGAACAACACGAGCUCGAGCUGUGAUCACGUCACUUCAACACGAGGUGAGCAAAGCAACUGAGGUGAGGAGAGCUCGGUGCAGGCUGCCCGGUGUGUCGUUCCGCCCGCCACAGACGAACCUUAGAGCGAGAGGGUCCGGGCUUGUAGCGACGCGAUUGGCUCUAACAGCCACCAAUCACCAGAGCCGAACACCAGGUAUGAUGUCGGCUUUCGCUCCACUAACAAGGAAUUUAAAUUGA